GACGGGGAGGUUUUCACCGCGCUCUUAAAUGCCGAGCGGCGGGCACCUCGCUGCAGACUGCGAGCCGAGCCGGGUCAGAUUGAACCGAACCGAGCCCAGCCGAACCAACUCCGGUCGAAGCGUGCCCAGGCGACUCCAAGUGAAGAGCAGCGCAUCCCGCCAGGUCCAAGCCGAGCCGAACUGAGCCUAGCCAUGCACCUGGUCAUGCUGGCCCGGCUGCUGUCCGUAGGACGGGCGGUGCUGGCGGCGCUGCGGGGGCGGCUGAGCGCUUUGUGCUGGAGCCUGACUCCUCUCUCCCUGUCCCUGUCCCUGUCCCUGCCCUUGCCCGGCUGGCAGCGGGACUCACCCCCACGGCGGAAGCGAGAGCAGGAGUGGGACGACGCGUCCCCGACGCCCACCAGUGUCAACUACCACUUCACUCGGCAGUGCAACUACAAAUGCGGCUUCUGCUUCCACACUGCCAAGACCUCCUUCGUGCUGCCCCUGGAGGAGGCCAAGAGAGGGCUGGCGAUGCUCAAGGAGGCGGGAAUGGAGAAAAUAAACUUCUCGGGAGGAGAACCGUUUCUUCAGGACAGAGGCGAAUUUGUAGGCAAACUGGUCCAAUUUUGCAAGCAGGAGUUGGAGCUCCCGAGCGUCAGCAUUGUUAGCAAUGGUAGCCUGAUCAGAGAGCGGUGGUUCAAGAAGUACGGUGAAUAUUUGGACAUUCUGGCAAUUUCAUGCGAUAGUUUUGAUGAGGAUGUCAACGUUUUAAUUGGCCGUGGUCAAGGAAAGAAGAACCACGUGGAAAAUCUGCAUAAACUGAGACAGUGGUGCCGAGAGUAUGCUGUUGCUUUCAAAAUAAAUUCGGUGAUCAACAGAUUUAAUGUUGAGGAAGAUAUGAAUGAGCAGAUCAAGGCACUCAAUCCUGUGCGCUGGAAGGUAUUCCAGUGCCUGCUCAUCGAAGGGGAGAACAGUGGUGAGGAUGCGCUAAGAGAAGCAGAAAAAUUUGUUAUUAGCGAUGAAGACUUUGAACGAUUCCUGGAUCGCCACAAAGAUGUCUCCUGUUUGGUACCUGAAUCUAAUCAGAAGAUGAGGGAUUCAUACCUCAUUUUGGAUGAAUAUAUGCGUUUUCUAAACUGUAGAAAUGGACGGAAAGAGCCUUCCAAGUCUAUCCUAGAUGUUGGUGUGGAAGCAGCAAUAAAAUUCAGUGGAUUUGAUGAGAAGAUGUUCCUAACAAGAGGAGGAAAGUAUGUGUGGAGUAAAGCCGACAUGAAACUAGACUGGUAACUCAACACAUUGAGUUAGGGCAGUGCAUUAUGUAAAGAAAAUGUGUUUGUAUAUUGAGUGUAUACAUGUAUCUAAUGCUUUUAACUACACUUGGUAUAUUAUACAGACUGAUGUUCAGUAUAACUGUAUGUGAAUGUGUUACAUGUUUUUUAAAUGCAGAUUAUGUACUUUUAUUUUAUUGAGCAUGACAAUACUUUCAGAGCUUUCACAGGAACAGAUCUCUGAAACAAACUUUCUAAUCCAUUUUAUGAAGGACUUAAGAGCAAACUGUUAACAUAAUGUCAUGCAGUAAAUGUUUUUAAAAUACUACAUGAGUGUGCAUGCCAGAUAAAUCAAACCCCACCCCAGUCUCUACUUCAUUCUAAACAACUGUAAUGAUGUAGAAGUGAAAACUCUUAUCAGGGAAUGCAUUCUGCCUGUUUCUCAGGGAAAGGUGGAUUGCAGUUCCUCGGUAGGUCACAAGAGGGCCAGCUGGCAGGCCACUGGAAGCACCACCUGCCUUUUUCGGGUGUAACAGAGGGUCAGAAUCUAGGAAUCAUUAUAUGUAAUAAUGUAUUUAAAAGGAAAUCAAGACGAAAAACUUGGCCAUUCUCAUUUUUUAAGAUUUAAUUACAAAAGUAUCUGGUUUUAUUCUCCCUCUCCACCAUACACACACACAACAUUUGCAAAAGUCUUGGGGGAUAUAAAUUUCUGUAAAAAAAUAUUUUUAGUUAUGAAAGAAUAUUGUAUUUGUCCAUCCUAAAACCUAGAAGUAUGUUCUACCUAAUGAUAAACAACUUCUUAUUUUACAUUGGCAAUGGCCUUAGUUCUAAUAUUUACAGUGAGAAUGUUUGCAUUUUAUUAAUUCUUCCAUUUUCCUUUUAUCUGUAAAUAUUGAUUUAUUAUUUUUAAUAUUUUUUCCUCUCUGCAUGCAUACAGUUUUGAUGAAAAUUCCUUCUUAAUUAAUACUGUAGCACAACCUAACAUGAAUCUUCUGUUGCAUAGUGGCUUUUUAUUUUGCUAAACCAUGGAAUUAAAACCAGAAAAGUUCAUAUCUCAUGUAACCUUGCUUUAAAGGUUGCUUGGUUUAGUAAUUAUUUUAUCUUGCUGGUUGCAAAGCUGCAGAUAUUAAAUGAAGUUAAUUGGGGUUUGUGAUAGCUGCCUUUGAUUAAGAGUUUGCAGCAUCAAUAUAAAAUAAAGAAAAAGAAGAAAAAAUAGUCUUAAAUACUACCCUCAUUCUUGGGUUUCUGGCAAUUGUCAUGGCUUUAUAAUAGCAGUUUUUCAAAUUUAACUAGUCCCAUCCUCCUUCUGUUUGAAGGGAAUGGGGAUAAGCAUUGCAGAGAGCAGAAGUGAGCUGGCACUACUCAUUCAUCCUGUCCAUUGAAUGUCUGGACUGUCUCACACUUCUAAAUAUUUGCAGCAGCUGGGAGUCAGCAGGCAUUAAAUGUAUCACACACAGAAAAUGACACCUUUUUCCUUUUUUCUUUUUUUCUGGUAAUGUUAGCUGACUUUUUGUUUUGAAAUGUUUUUGAGAGAAAUAUUUUGCAUUCACCUAGUGCAUCUUCAAAGUUGAAGGGGAAAGUACUUAAGUAGAAGCUGCUGCUCCAAAUAUGCUGUGAAAAUGUUUCCAUUUAUAAUUCCUUCAGUUUCUAUUUUUACUAUCCUAACUGUUAAGUGUACUCAGUGGUGAUCUUUUUUCUCUAUGUAUUUUGCAUUUUGCAAUCACAACACUUCCUAGACACAUUUUAGUUUUUUUUUUCCCCCUUCUACUAAUAGUAAGUGGCAUUUAAAAUGUGACCUACACACAUUAACCCCACCAUCUUUUGGCAGCUGUUUCACUGUCCUCAGCUGGAGUUCUGCCUGAGUAGCUACUACGGACAGUGCAAAUUUAUGUAACUGGGGUUUGACUUCCUCUGCGUUCCCACUGCUCAAAUGUUAAAUCUAGCCUCUUCCUCAGCACCUAUGCUGCAUGAUAGAAAAGGAGCAUUUUCCUUUGCUGCUGGCUCAGUCCCAGCACAGGGAAGGAUUUAGUGCAGCAAUGUACCAGUAAAUCUACCAGCUUGCAGCUUCUGCAGGAAAUGCCAGCUGUAGCACAGCACGCAGAUGUGAGUUACACAAACUCCCCUUCAGACCCAAAAUUUCUGCCAUUCUUUGCAUCUUACUCUGUAAAUGGCUAUUCCUUUGCUUCCUCUGUGCUUACAGAGGAAGCUGCAGGAGAAACAAAACGGAGCUGAAAAUGUCAAAAUCCAGUAAAUCAUGUAAAGACAUUGAAGACGGCUUUUAUCAAAAGGUUCUAAGUUCUUAUCUUCUUAAAAGGAUUAAAGAUUUUGCAUCACCUCUUGCUACCAUACAUAAUUAAGAAAAAGGUUUCUGUUUCGUGUGAUAUUCUUUUUCAAAGGAAACACCAGUUGUGUACAUUGGAAAUGAAGAAUUUGACAUUACACAGUUCGACUGAAAGUCAUUUAAGUUGAUGAAUAACUAUUGGUAUUUUUAUAUGCAAAAUUCAGUGUUGUGUAAAACGUUGGGGUUUUUUCCUACAGCUUGAUUAAUCUAGUUUUUUGGGGGGAGGGUUAAUUUACAAACACAGUUCAUAUUGGACCAAAAAUAGACUUUAGGCUUUCAUGAUGUAGUUGGGCCUAAAUUUCAGCACAGGACUAGAAAAACAAAACUGAAUUUAGUAGGGCCACUCCCAGGCUUAGCAAUUACAGGUACAUCUUGACCCUGAAAAGUCAGGAUUAAAUCUAUUGAGUCUUGUGAACACAGAUAUGCUCAAUUGUAUUUUCAUGUGUAAUCUCAUAGUAUUGCAGCUAAGGACUUACAUAAGAUGCUGAAUUGGGAAGGAACUGAUGCUGUAGUGUAGUAGUGUACUAGCAUUACAGAGCUGUUCCUAUUUGUAAAAAAUUUGUAUAGAAUGAGUGUUUGGGGAACUAACUUCUGAUAAAAUUAUGACUAUACCUUGGGCAAUGAGUAAAAUUGUCACUUAAAAUGCACUUUAGGAUACCCUCUUUUUCAGUGACAAGGAUGCUGAUAUAUUUGAGUGUUACAAAAGAUGAAUUUUGUAAUGAUGUUGUCAAAUAAUUAUCACUAAGUAUUUCACAUGAGUAUGUGGCACAUUUCAAUAAAUGUUUCUAUUUUCUUAA